UGGCUUCCUAAAUUGCCACCUCCCGUUGGACCUCGUUUGCUAGUGCUCCACCUUACCCCCCUUAGUCACUCGUUCGUUCAUUCGUCCGUUCCGUUCGUUGCCCAGUCAAUGAUCACCAGAGCGAUUAAUUAAAUCUACAGCACUGGAGUUGGAAGAAUGCGAAGAUGCGCAAAUGGUUGCACGUCCAAGGCUUAAAAAAAGAAAGCGACGACGAUUAGGUUUAGCGAUUAGAUUGUGCGUUUCGGGAAGAAGGUGCGUUGGGUUUUUUGCUCAGAUGUUUGCUCCAUUUUUACUCCGACACUAACUCGCACAGUUCGUCCUUCAAACGGUCGAACUAUGCGAACAGUUCGGAAUGCAUAGAAACAUUGCUCAACACUAGAAAGAUUAGAGAGAGAGAGAGAGAGAGAGAGAGAGAGAGAGAGAAAGAGCGAGUGAGGAAGUCGGAAAAGUAGCCGCGGAAGGCCUCCGCACUGGGCGCGAUGUACACAAAGGGGGAAAUGGGCCUAGGGAAAGCGGCGAGGGGAAAAAGAAACUAAUUAAGAGAAUCGAAAUACUACUCUUGCCAAAUACUGUUACGCCAAAUGCGAAUGCGAAAGUUUUUCCUUUAUACUUUUCGGUACAAUCCGUAGACACACUCGAAUCCGUACGCGUACGAAGGACGUCCGUUCGUUCAUCCGUUUCCCCGUUUUAUAGCGAAACUCAACUUCAAUCCCUCCAAAAAGCAAACGCGUCACAACGACGUGCAUACGAAACACGCAGCAGCGUGCAGUGUGGUUGUCCUGUCGUAGAUUAGAAAAAGAAAAGCGCAAGACAGCCAUUUGGCAAUCGAUCCGAGGAUCGCGAAACCGACGGUUAAACCGAGGGCCAUUUGAACCCGGUUCAAAGUAAGACAGUCAGCGAGGCAGGCCAUGGGUAUGUAACCACUUUUUCCUACUCACCAAUCCAUCCAAGCAAACCAAUUCUCUGUCGGCGCGUAGUGGAGGAGCACCUCCGUGGAAAACUAGAUUUUCCCCUUCUUCACUCAAAUUGCAUGUAAUACGUAAACAUAAGAAGUAAAUGCAGCGAUUCUCCUUUGGGGUGGUGUUAUUGCAUGCACGAGGAACGAGGAACGAGGGAACUGCAUUCAGAUUGUAUUCAGCCAAAAAGACAAGAACAAAAAAACAAAAGCGUUCGCCGAGCACCCAUCCGCUGGGUCUGUAAAUAGAUGCACUUUCGAUGGUUCAUAAUUAAACAUAGAAACAGAGGUAGAGAGACAGAGCGAGAAAGGGAGAGGGAAAGUAUGAAAAAGUCUACAUAACGCAUAAGGCCUGCUUAUGGCAAAAGGAUCGUGGUAAAACGAGAGGAUCCGCUCCGCUAAGUGUUCCGAUAAUUCCAACCAAUCGUGUGCCACAUCAUCAUCACCAUCAUCAUAAAACUCUCCUUCCCCUCCGUUCCGUUGUGAGUACAUUCGAUGGCCACCGGUCAGAGAGGGUACAUUGGUGGAGUAAUCGUAAGUUGUUCAAUUACUAUCGAGGUACGACAUCGGUGCGUGGCACUUACCCAUCUCUCCGAUAACAGUAAAGUUCUGUAUGUUUCGUCCGGUUCCUGGCCGGACCGGCGCAAGUCACUAGACAUGAACAUCAUUUUUGCAACAAACAUCAAAAGCAGAGAAUAAUAUGGAAAAAUGCAUAAGAGCGCCAAGACCGUAACGUAGCAACCGACACACACAUGAGAAAGGGAAGUAGGGAAGUAACAUGUUAAUUAUGCGUUUUGUACAUACAGAUAUAUUUGAUAUAUUAAUAUUAUAAAAAAGGAAAUUAUAUGACGCCCGGGGUGGACAGAUGGUAAAAGAUUUAAUCUUAAUUAUGUGUACACACAAACACACACAUACACACGCAAACACAAACACAAACGGCAAAGGAACACUCUCAGACACCUCCUGUGGCAAGGCAAGAACGAACAGAAUGAACAGAGAACGACAGGAAUUAACGACAGGAGAGUGACUAAAGUUUAAAGAGGGGCCGUCGGCUGAAAUACGGCGUUACUCUAGUGAAGCCGGGCUUCGUGCAGGAAGGUGAAACAAUAGAAAUUAUUGUACGAUAAGAAAUAAACUAAAACCAGAAAAAACUAA